UGAUUUUUUGAAAGGUUUUUGUAUAAACCUUAAUUCUGACGACCAUAUUUUCUGCUUUUUUCCAGGAUGAGUGAGCGAUACGCCCAGAUCAGAAGCAAAGAGGCUCUACUCGUUAUGGUGCUUGUGCUCGGUGUCUUGGAGCUGUCCGUACCUGCAGAAGGAAGGACAGCAGUGCACCAUGUCCGAACAGGCACCUGUGAGGUGGUGGCGCUGCACCGCUGCUGCAACAAGAACAAAAUCGAGGAGCGGUCACAAACCGUGAAGUGCUCAUGCUUUCCGGGGCAAGUUGCCGGCACCACCAGAGCCGCCCCGUCGUGUGUAGAUGCCUCCAUAGUGGAGCAGAAGUGGUGGUGCCAGAUGCAUCCGUGCCUUGACGGGGAGGAAUGCAAAGUUCUUCCAGAUCUGAAGGGCUGGAGCUGCGCGACAGGGAACAAGAUCAAAACCACAAAGAUUUCUGCAGACAGAGACCAGCUCUGGUAGCCGCAGAUGCUCCACAACACAGCCCAGGUGACGUCACGGUUCAGAUCUGAUGGAUCCAGGAAGGAGACGAGGACGCCACCGAGGCUCUUGCUGUAAAUAGAGACAUCCUUUGCUCCGGACUGUGGAUAAUCUUUUGAGAACCAAACGCUUGUUCUCGAACUCUACGGACAAAAAGAGAAGCUCUGCUCCUUCAGGACGCGACGUGAUCAGCUUUACGGGACAACACGAAUUCAUCAGACACCGUACGGCUCGUAGUGGAUAAACUUCGCCUAUAUGUUCAUCUUUAGAGCAACACGGACCUAAACACCAGUUUGUCCUCAGCGACCAACGAGCCGGUGUCUUUCUUUAACAAGGUGUAGAUUGAACAGCUCCAACAGGUGAGAACAGGAGGCUGAACAGAAAAUAUUCAGGGGAGUUUUAAAUAAAAAGACAUUUCUUCAUAAUUUGUGCUUUACUUGUUCCACACAACCCAGACAGUUACCAAACCUGAGC